AUGGCUGAUAUAAGUAAAAUGAUCACACCGUCGACAAUAAUUGAUGAAAUAAAGAAUAAUAGCAAUGACUUAAAUAACAAUAACGAUAAAUUUGAUGAUAAUGACGAUCAGCAUAUGAAAUCCAAGAUGAUUAAAUGUAAAACCAAUAAUCAGCAAAGUCAAAUAUCUUCUUACAAUGUGUUAACAUCCAACGGCUCUUCUUCGACAACAAUUCGUUCCAUUGAUGUUCCCAAUGAACAUGCAUCGAUCAAACUACAUAUCCGACGUGUUUGCUCACCGUCGUCGUCAACCGAAACACUGUCAAUCCAUCCGACAGCGAAUCUUCUUUACCAAUCUCAACAGACGAACGAACCAGCUGAACCAACUACACCAAAAGUUAUUCCUCGACAAUUUUUCAAUACAAACGCAGACUUGAAUACGAAAUCUCCAACGGCCUCUACAAACUCACGUCGCGUGAUUUCUACGCGGCGGACAUCAACAAUCGAAAGUGAUCUAGCACAGAUCGCUUCAUCCAUGUACGAACUGCCUAAACCAAACAUUCACAAUCAUAAUAGUAUCUACGAUGAAAAUACGUUGAAGAAGCAAACGACUAAAACGAAUGGUUACAAACGAAGGUCACCAAAUGAACAUCAAGAAAAAAAGCGACAGAAAUUAACGACAAAAGCUGUUAAACAACCAACUAAUAAUCUAAAAUCGUCUAAUGCGCUUGUUCAAACCCGUUCUUCCUCACGUUUAAAACAAAAACAUCAAGAUCAUCAUUCAGUCAUCGGCAAACGUCGCUUGAGUACAGAACUACUCACAUCUUCCACAUCCGAUCUAUCGACAUCGACUGAUGGUAUAGCUCAAAAUGAAUACAAAUAUCUCUACGCAUUACCCACGAAGCAGCAAAAUACGAGUGAAUGUCAAACCACGGAUGAUAUCGUUGAAAUAUUUCAUCGAUCGAAUCAAACCUGUGGUUUGAUUAAAUCAGAUAAAUCAACAUAUACAGACUUUCUCGAUCGACCUCUCUGUGAAAAUAGUACCCAGACGACGCAUAAAGAAGAACAGGAAACCCAAACGACCGAUCUUAAUUGUCCCAAUGAUUCGCAAGUAUAUCUCUGUCAAACAACUACUAGUCAAACACAAUGUGAUGGAGUUCCGCUAAGAAUCAUAUCUCCGUUACCGAACGCUCCGCCAGUGCUAGCAAAUCCGUCAUUAGAUCAACGACUAACUUCACCCUACAUGGACUUAUCGCUAACAAAUGGUAAUAAUGAUCGUUUACAGUUAUUUCAAAGUCUAAUUCACACUGAAGAACAUCCGAAUGGUGGUGCCAGCCUAAUUCGAACCUACUAUAAUGAAUUUGUACGCUUAUCAGCUGAAAAUGCGAAUUUAUUUGUUAAUUAUUUUUUUAAUAUUGUCUAUGGUGAAGUGAAUCAACGUGCUAAAUAUGCUAUUGGUGUUUUACAUGAUGGGGCAAGAUAUUUGCCUGAUCUUAUCGAUUAUUUUAGUCUAACCUAUCCAAAAAUGAUUGUCAAAACAACCAAUAUGUUCAAUUCCAAAGAAGUUCUAACGACUACCAUGGGAGAAUACCGAAAUCGGGUUGUUCAAACAUAUUGCAAUGGAACAUUUCGAUACGGACCAUUGAUGAGUAUAUCAUUAGUCGGCAAAGUCAGUGGACGAGAAGAAUGUGGUGAUUAUUUUCCAACAUUCCUCGAUAAGCUUGAAGAAAAUCCUUUUCUCCAGUCGGUUAUGCCAUGGGGGACAUUAGCAUCGCAAAACAUGAAAUCUCGAACAGAUUCGAAUGAUGGACCUAUUCUAUGGGUUCGAGCAGGUGAACAAUAUGUUCCUACCGCUGAACCUAAAAGUUGUCAUCCGAAAAAGCGUAUGGCUAAUGAACUACGCAAUUUAUCGUUUACUGGCCGCGGAACAGAUCCACGUGAAGUUCUCGUUGAAGAUCGCACCAAACCACAUAGUGAUCAUUGUGAUGGUGAUGGAGUGGAAACAACAGCUGCUGUCGGAAUUUUAAAAGCUGUCCAUGUUGGUACACCGUCGUCGGUGAAUCGAAUGGUCAAAGAUGUUGUUUGCUUCCAUGCUGACGAUUUUGAAAAAGUCGUUGAACGCUUGAAAAUAGAUGUUUUUGAGCCACCUGUAUCACAGUGUUUACAAUGGUGUGAUGAAGGUAAACUCAAUCAAUUGCGUCGCGAAGGAAUUCGAUAUGUUCGUGUGUCGUUAUACGAUAAUGAUAUUUAUUUCAUUCCACGAAAUGUCAUUCAUCAAUUUCGUACAUUAUCAUCUGUCACAUCUAUUGCGUGGCAUGUACGACUUAAACAUUAUUAUCCAAGUAAUUUACCAGAUGAUGAAUAUACUCCAUUAUACAGUCCAAUUUCUGAUACCUAA